CCUCCCUCCCUCCCUCCAUCAGCCUCUUCCCUCGGUUCACUUUACUGGGCUUUAACAGGGGGGCUCUGUAUCAGCGAGGUUGGCGCCCGGGACUUUUUUUCGGGAUAUGUACCAAUAACUCCUAACCGGAUAGGCCUCCAGAAAGCGCAACAACAAAAACACGCAGGCGAAACUUUGAGGCGCUGAACUGAGUUGAACGUCUGCUGCAUUUCAGUCAAGAUUUCCAAAACUAUCCACACUGAAAACAUGCGGAGAUGUCGAGAGGAGCACAACUACCUAUAGGAUCCCGAAGUUGGGACCUUUAUGUCAAGCAAUGAGAGGCUAACAAAGCUGUAGAUUUUGCUGGAGAUUCCUGACCAUUUCUUCUUCGUGGCACACAUUGCAUCCCAUUUCUUCUUACCACAAACCAUCUUCAUCAUCCCACACCCGUAGUCAUCAUGACGACCUCCUCUUUACGGCGGCAGAUGAAGAACAUUGUGAACAACUACACAGAUGCAGAGAUCAAGGUCAGGGAGGCGACCUCCAAUGACCCGUGGGGUCCUCCGACCUCGCUCUUGAUGGAAAUCGCAGACCUGACCUUCAACGUGGUGGCCUUCACCGAGGUCAUGGGCAUCAUUUGGAAGAGGCUCAACGACCACGGCAAGAAUUGGCGGCACGUGUACAAGGCCCUCACUCUGCUGGACUAUCUGAUCAAGUCAGGAUCAGAGCGAGUGGCCCAGCAGUGCAAGGAGAACAUCUACGCCAUCCAGACUCUGCGGGAUUUCCAGUACAUCGACCGGGAAGGGCAGGACCAGGGCAUGGGCGUGCGGGAGAAGUCCAAGCAGCUGGUGGCUCUGCUCAGGGAUGACGAGCGGCUCAAGCAGGAGAGAUCGCAGGCGCACAAGACCCGUGAGCGCGUGACGGGAACCAGCAGUGCCAUGGCUUAUGGAUCUUUACCACCUCCCUAUCCGGGACGUCACACCGCUCAGCCCAGCAUGGAAGCGGUGUAUGGGGAAGAGCAGGGCAGGGCGAGGCACUCACCUUCCUCCUUCAACUCCUCCUCUUCCUCCCCUCAUCUGGCCCCAGAUCUGGAGCGCGCCCGGCCGCAGACGAGCGGAGAGGAGGAACUCCAGCUGCAGCUGGCCUUGGCCAUGAGCCGAGAAGAGAACGAGAAGCCGGUUCCUGCUGUGGAUAUUGAUGAACAGACACAGCUUCAGAUCGCAAUGAGUCUCAGUAAGGAGGAGGCGCACAAGCCAGCUCCUCCUCCUCCUCCUCCUGCUGUUCUGGACAUGGACGAAGAGGCACAGCUUCAGCUGGCCCUCUCUCUCAGUAAAGAGGAACAUCAGCAGGAGGAACGAAGCCGGCAGGGAGACGAGUCGUUGCUCCAGAAAGCACUUGAGGAGAGCAAACGAGAAAUGGAGGCCAAAGGAGGAAGAUCCGCCAUGCAGGAUCUUGCAGAUAUUUUUGCUCCAGCUCCUGAUGUGCCCUCUGCUGCCAAUUCUUGGGAUUCAUCCGGAGGCAAUAGUGGCUUAGCCCAGGCUGGUCCUCUGAGGUCUGACCCCUGGGAUAGUCCAGCAGAGUCCAGCUCUUUGACCCGUCAGCAUGGAAGUUCAUGGAUGGCACCACCGGCAUCAAAUGUUCGUUCCCAGCCUUGGACUCAGCGACAGCCACAUCCUGACCCAUGGGACGCCCCCCAGAGCGCCCCGAGCCCUGUGUCCAUGAAUCAGACCUGGAUCUCCCCUGCACGUGGAGCUGGAGUGGAUCCCUUUUCUCCUCUAGUAGCAGACAAACAAGGAGCUAUUGGCCCUCUCAAAACUCCAUCCCCUCGGGCAGGAAGUCCCUCAGAUGACGAUCUUUUUGAUGAGGCUAUGGAUGGAGGUCAGGCAAAUAUAAAUGGUCACAGUAGUCCUGAGCCUUUUGAUAUGUCUUCCCUUGGCGAAGGUUUACCAAAAACAGGUCCUCGAACCUGCAGUGCACCAGAGGCGUUUCUGGGUCCCACUGGAGCUUCACUCGUCAACCUGGAUUCUUUGAUUCCCUCCAACCCUCCUUCCAAGAACUUCAACCCGUUUUUAUCAGGGAUAACUGCUCCAUCGGCCUCUAAUCCAUUCCAACAGGAACCGGCCCGUCUCACACUAAAUCAGAUGCGCCCCAGCUCCACAUCUCCUGUACCCACAUCCCUCCCAUUUAAUGCCUCUCUGCCCAUGGCUUCCAGCAACCAGCCCAGCUCCCUGCCUACUACCUUCACACAGUCCGGGCAGGUCCCGCCGCUGGUCCCCGGACACCUGCCGCAGCCGCUGCUACCGCUGUCAACGACAUCCACGCUUGGAGAUCCAGACCAACACAAUCAGAACCCGUUCCUAUGAGCAGAUCCAAACAAGCUUUUGAAAUGACAAUUUAACCACCGACUUGACUUAAAACUGGAACACACUUUUUUAAUAUCUUUGCUUAUUUCACAGCUUCCUGGUUUUGCUCUAUGCAGUCACUCGUAAGAGGCAUUCACACUUACAGUGGUUUCCAGUGACAAAAAUCAGUCAUUUUCAAUAAUGGUGAAGCAAUGUGGCCGUGUACAGUGAUAUGACAAAGUUGAGAAAAGUUCAAUAUUAUGCAAAUAAGCAGUCAUGUAAUGUGGAGAUCAGUAGACACUGGUGCACACAUGAUCCAUCGGCUGUGAGAUACUGUAGUGAGUUUCAGUAAGAUGUAGAAGUUUGUUAAAGUCCAGACCCACCAAACUGACACCGAAGAACUAGUGCCAAAAAACCUCUAACUUUUGUUAAGUCCCAGACACACCAAGCCAAUGUCAAAGAACUAGCAGUGACAAAAACCAACUGUGUCACCGCCUAGCGUCACCUGCGUCUGGACCAAAAAUUUGCGCUUGAAUGCAUUACGAAGUAUCUCCAUACCAGCAGGUGGCAGUAGUUUGUAUUUAUCAUUAAAUGUUUUUUUAAUAAAACUGGAAGAGCUAUGACUAUUAAUAUACAAACCGCAAACGAAGCCUUCUGUAUGUGCCCUCCUGACUUUGUAGUUUGCUUGCCUUCAUCACUUUAGUUUUUAUCUUGUGCAUUUUAUAACGCGCAAAUAGCCAAAAUCCGUCUACGCCAGAAAUUCUGAUGACUAGUCAAGUUAAAUUUAAUUAUAUAACGCUAUACUGCUUCAAAGCAGCUUCAUGGUAAUAAACAUAAAUAUAACUGUCUUACAUUGUAAAAUUUGUUAAUUAGAAAAUUAAAGGGAUAGUUCACCCAAAAAUGAAAAUUCUGUCAUUAAUUACUCACCCUCAUGUCGUUUCAAACCCGUAAGACCUUCGUUCAUCUUCUGAACACAAAUUAAGAUAUUUUUGAUGAAAUCCGAGAGCUUUCUGACCCUCCAUAGACAGCAACGCAACUGACACGUUCAAGGCCCAGAAACGUAGGAAGGACAUCAUUAAAAUAGUCCAUGUGACAUCAGUGGUUUAACCGUAAUGUUAUGAAGCUACGACAAUACUUUUUGUGCACAAAGAAAACAAAAUUAUUUUGACUUUAUUCAUCAAAAACAUCUUAAUUUGUGUUCCGAAGAUAAACAAAGGUCUUAUGGGUUUGGAACAACAUGAGGGUGAGUAAUUAAUGACAGAAUUUUCAUUUUUGGGUGAACUGUUCUUUUAAUAUCAGCUGUAUAGUAGCUUUACAACAGUGCCAUUAUUCAGCUCCAUUUAGUUAAAUGUUGAUUCAACGAUGCUCAACACAUCGCAAACACUAAGCCAGCAGACGUUCAAUGACGACCUGACAUUGGCUUGGCGUGACGCGGCCUUUAAGGCCCUGAUAUACUUCAAAUCGGGAAUCAAAAGACAAACUGAUGUUAUUUCAAACAAAAUCAGGACAAAACAAAGUUCGUUUACAGUUUGUUUUGCGAAUUCGAAACAGCUUACCAAAGCAAACUUUCUGGAAAAUUCAGUCCAGCUAGUAAACACAUUUGAACUACCAUUAGUCCAUGGCGAUUACGUAAUAAGUAGGUGUGGCUCUGUGGCUCUGCCUUCUUUGACAUGGUCAGACGUCCAUUACUAAAAAAUACAUGAACACAUUGGAGAUCUGUGUUAUAGUAGAAAUUGAGUUGAAAGCUUGCAACACAUAUUUACAUAUUCAUCUAAACGCGCUCCCAGCAAGGUGGGCGGCAUUUAAGAUGUUCCCUAACAAUAUACCGCUUUUUACUCGAAAAAUACCUUCGAUGUGAGUAUAUCAAGGCCUUUACUGUGAGCAAAUUAACAGCUCUUUAUAUUGUCUCUGCACAUAUAAAGGGUUAGUUAAAACACUUUACUGACCCUACGUCCCAUUUGUAAUCAGAUUUUCAAAAGAUUUGGCCAGUUGUGCAGCCCACCAAUAACCUCCAGCAAUAAGAACAUCCACAAUGACCACCAAUACAGCCACUCGAAGACCUCCAGUCAUAAACCACUGUAUGUGUGAACGCCCUUCAACUAUAAUCAUGUGUGAAUGUCAACUAUGCAUUACAUGGCGAUACAGAUUGAUGUCGGCUUUAUAAGAAAUGACAAAUAAAUGGCACAAUUUAAAGGUUAUGAAUAUUUAAUCCAACUCCCACAGCAUCAGUGUCACCUUUAAGUAUUAUAAUAGUUUUUGGAAAGGAUAACGCACUUGUUACUCGUACCAUAAAACCCAGUACAUAACCAAGCACAAGUGCAAAGCCUCUCAUACAUUUUUAUUAUAUUCUCUGAUUUCCUGCAGCAAUUUCUAGCUCUGCUUUAGUGUCCCUUUAUUGGUCUGGAGUAUAUGAUGACUUUCAGUGCUGUCCUUUUAUUUCCUUGACAUGACUGGUGUCUGUGAACAGUCAAUCACAUCCUGAUGGGUCACUCACACCAGAAAGACAGAUAAAAGCAACUUAGAUUUUGGGGCCAAUAAUUUAAGCAGCAAAAUAUAAAGUAUAAAUAAUGAUUUUGUAAUAUUGGGCAUUGACUGUUGAAUGAAUAGACCUCCAGCAAGAGAAUGUACUUACCGUGGUGUUCAGACUGAAUUGAUGCCACAAACUAACAGAAUGUGAGACUGUUGCACAUGUUGCUCAUCAAAUACAAGAAUGAAGAUGAAAAUGAA